UAUAGCAACAAUCAUGGUUGAAAAUGGCCGAGAAACUCUGGCAGGAGAGACUUUGGAAGAGAUAUGUCCUUACGAUGAUAGGCCAGUGUCCCCGGGAGGGGAUAGUAUGACGAGUAGUUUAGAGUGUGAUCUCAUGAUAGAGUCGCUCCAAAGAGAGUUGGACAUGGUUCGGUUGGAGCUUGAAGCCAUAGUCCUGCAACAGAUACCAAGAGCAGCUAUAAAUACUGGAGCAGGAGGAGGAGGAGAAGGAGAGGAAAGACCUAUUGGCCGUAAUGCCACUGAUGAUGUCAAAGUGGCCCUGAUCAACCGUGGAGCAGGGAUAGUAAGAGCAUGCAAAGGGAUAUAUCAUAAUGCUUUGCUUAUACUGUAUAGCUAGAAAAUUUGAAGUGUCAAAAUUUGGCAAAGAAGUUUGAAGUUGAAAA